AUGUCAGAAACUAUAGAAUUCUCUCAAUACGUCGUUGAGAGGUUGAAGCAAGCCGGUGUCAAACAAGUCUUUGGUGUGCCUGGAGAUUUCAAUCUUGGGCUCGACUAUGUUGAAGCUGAUCCCGAUAUCGAAUGGGUCGGGAAUGCCAACGAACUUAAUGCUGCAUACGCAGCGGAUGGUUAUGCCAGAGUCAAGGGUGGCCUAGCUGUUAUUGUCACCACCUUUGGUGUAGGAGAGCUAUCAGCUUUGUGUGGUAUCGCCGGUGCCCUCGCUGAGCGAGUUCCAGUAUUACACAUCGUUGGAGCCCCAAGUACCAAACUCCAAUCCAAAGAAUCCCUUUUACACCACACAUUGAACCUUCCAGGAUCAUUCAACACCUUCUCUACAAUGUCCGCGCCACUCUCAUGCUCUCAAGCAUUACUCAACCAGAUUCCUCCCAAAACUCCUACCACCUGGACUGAAGCAUUUGACAAGACCUUGUCAGAUGUGCUCGAACAAUGCCGACCAGGUUAUGUAGAGAUUCCAACGGAUGCUUUCCACGCUAAAGUCUCGACUGAAGGGUUGAAGCAGACACUUCCCCACCCUCACUCUGCUCCUCCACCUGAAUCAGUCGCCGCCUCCGUCUCCCCUCAAGAGACUCAAUCUUCGGCCACUUCAUCGCUCGCUGCUGCCUCCACUACGGCUCCUGUUCGAGCACCUUCCGACGAUGUCACGGCUCACGUAGUCGAGGAUAUCACUCAGAGAUUUAAGAACGCCAAAAAGCCUGUUAUACUCGUUGACGCAUGUGCUGGAAGAUUCGGUAUGGCCGGCGAAGUUAGGAAACUCGUUGAAGGGUGUGGUAUCCGAUUCUUUGAGACUCCUAUGGGUAAGAGCUUACUCGAUGAGCAUCACCCUCUUUUCGGAGGUUGUUACGCGGGUGCCAACUCUCUUCCUGCAGUAAGAGAGGAGGUGGAAUCCGCCGAUUUCGUUCUCUACGUUGGUGCUUUGAAAAGUGAUUUCAACUCCGGUUCAUUCUCCGUCAACAUCGAUCCCAAGAUCACCAUCGAACUACACUCGUUCACCACUACUAUCGGAUACGCCGCAUACCCCACUACCGAUAUCCGACAUGUCCUUCCUGACUUACUUCCAGCUUUCCAAGAAGUCGUGCAAUCUCGAGCUGCAUCACCCGUAGGAGGCGAAAGUGUUGAGCAGAAGGUCAAAGCUGGAAGAGUCGAGAGUAUUGUUCCUGAACCAAAAGGAAGCGAAAUUAAACAUGAAUGGUUAUGGCCAAGAGUCGGUAAAUGGUUUGCAGAUGAUGACAUCAUCAUCACUGAGACUGGUACUUCCUCUUUCGGAUUGACGAAUGUCCUCUUACCCUCUCACUCGACCUAUAUCGCCCAGAUCCUCUGGGGUGCAAUUGGUUGGUCGGUUGGUGCUUGUCUUGGUGCAGCUAUGGCCGCUCAAGAAGACGAUAGGGACAGACGAACUGUCCUGUUUGUAGGUGAUGGAUCGUUGCAACUGACCUUACAAGAGAUCGGGACAAUGCUUCGAAGGGGCGUUCACCCAUAUCUCUUCGUAUUGAACAACGACGGCUACGAGAUCGAAAGACAAAUUCAUGGUGUCAAUGCCAAAUAUAACGAUAUUCAAUUAUACGACCAUCAAUUACUUUUACCUUUCCUCGCGGGUAAAUCUUGUCCUACGCCCUACCAAUCUUAUGCUGUCAAGACUCCCUCGGAACUCAAUGAGUUGUUGGAAUCAGAAGAAUUCAAUAGACCAGAUAAAUUGAGAUUGAUCGAAGUUUACAUGCCUCGAGGAGACGCUCCACAAGGUUUGGUCAGUCAGGCUAAACUUACGGCCGAAGCUAAUAGACAGCUCUAA